GGAGCUAGGACCCUGAAGAAAGGCAAAUAGUGCUGGGCUCUCGAGGAUGGCUGGAGAGAGCUUCGUCCCAAGCUGAACCUGGGCAUUCAGCCUGGAGCCUGACGAAAUAUGCUAGUGUUUCCCGGGGUCAGAAUAGUGAUUAAGGUCGGACUCCAGGAUAACUUUGGAACUGAAAAGCCUGAUAAUUGGGUUAUGAUGAAUUCCUAAAAUCUGUACACCUGUUACCCUCAGGACUGAAGUUUGUAGCUGAUACUUCUUUCCUACUGGUCAAGUAGCUGUGCCCAGGUUGUGGGAGAAUAUGGUCCUUAUUGAGGAAAUACAGGUCAAGCUCAAAGGGGAGAGAUCGAGACCUCUGGGGCAGCGACGCAGAAACCCCUCGGCACUAAGCUGGUGAGCGUCCUGUGUGAGGGAAGGGCUGGUGCUGUUUCCUGGGGUUUGCAGUCUGCGUGAGUAGCUCGCCUCAGUGUUCUGAGGGCAUCGCAGGCAAAGUUUCCUGGUCCUGCAACAGGGCAGUGGUGUGGUAUUUCUUUAAAACAAAACCAAAACUGCUUUUAACAAAGUUGAGGAAAAUAGAGAAUACUGAUAUUCUUUAUCCAGAAAGCUCUCAAACUAGACCCUUUAAAAUCUUCCUGCUAAAAAAAAAAAAAAAAUCUUCAUGCUGCUUUUCAGGAUACUAUUGGUUCACUGAUUAUUUUCUCUUCCCUUAUAAUAGAAUCACUUAGAACAUUUACUAAGAAAUCAAAUUUGUCUAAGUUACUGAAUUUAUACUCCUGGGGCAUGUGUACCCCAACAUGUUUAUGUGUACAUCUUAUGUAUAUUAUCUAUAAUUUAUACCAUAUACGUGUCAUUAUUUCUUUUUGGUAUUGUAAAUAUUAAUCCUUCUUUUGCAGAACUAUUUUAACCCAACCCAACUCUUUCUGUUUGUUUUUUUGUUUUUUGGUUUUUUUGAAGACAUAUUAAGGCAAAAUGGAAUUACUGGUUAAAGGUAGUGACAUCUCUAGGGAUCUCAAUACAUUUUUCUCAGACGCCUUCUGGAAUCCCACUUGUCUGCGUGCCUAAGAGCAGAGUAUCCAUACCUGUCUCACCAUUCUUGCAAGAAUGAAUGCUAACUUACAACAGCUUGGUCUACCUAAUAGUAAAGGAAGAUGUCUCAUUUUUAUUCACUUUCCUUUUACUGGUGUUGAAGGUGGAUAUGGUUUCUCAUGGUGUUUGACCCAUAAUCUUAAGAAAAUAGCUUUUUGGGGGAGCAAACCUAAGACAAAGCAACUAUGACCAUUCCCAGUUAACCCCGUGACACUGAUAGCUUUGUUGCAUUGGUCCUCGGUCUUGUAGACUCUGUUAAGGAACUUUUGUUUUCUUUUUUUAAGAAGGUGAGUGUUGAUUAUGGUCAUAGAGAGGGCCGAGCGUGUGUGUAGGACUGACUCAGGGCCCUGCCGCUUAGUCUUGUGUAAGCCUGAAGAAGUUACCUCCUCCCUCCAGGCUUCAAGGUCCCUUGACCAUAAGACGAGGCUGACAGCCCUCCCGGUAAUUCUCACGAUGACACCAUGUACCAGGCUUGGUGAGGCUUCCGGGGAAAGGUAGCUACAGUACUUGUGAAAGCUGCCCCCAAACUGAUAGGAUAAAUCCUCCUCCACUGCUCUCCUGUUCCCCAAUAUGGUGAAAGAAAGCGCUACUUCCAGGGCCACUGAGCCUGAGCCACCACUCCAAGGUCACGACAAGACUUAGGCUUUCCUUCCAACCCUGCGGUUUUGUAUCUGCCUGCCUGUCGCUCUAGGGAUUAAUAAUGUAGAUGUUCAAAGCUUUCUUUCACUGAGCAUUCAAUUUUUUGCAUAAUGGAUUUUUGAGACUCCAGUAUUUUUUGGAAGAAUUUAAAAAAUAAGUUUCAGAUUUUAGAUGCCAUGUGGUCUUCCACGCCGGGAUGUGCGUGGGCCACACCAGCCUGGCUGACCCCGCCGACCCCGGCGGGUGAUGUAGUAGGCCGCACACCCCAUCGUCGGCCCUGAACUGCUUUCUCUCCCACGUUCCUGGGCUUCCCAGCUGCCGGCCCAGGCCAGGCCCCAUUCCGCCAGCGGCUGAGCUGCAGAGCCAGGUUCCGAAAUGUCAGCCGUCCUGCGGGAGCUGCUCCGCGUCUCGGAGAAGGCUGCCAACAUCGCCCGGGCCUGCAGGCAGCAGGAGGCCCUCUUCCAGCUCCUGAUAGAAGAAAAGAAAGACGGAGAAAAGAACAAGAAGUUUGCUGUUGAUUUCAAGACGCUGGCUGAUGUCCUCGUACAGGAAGUCAUAAAACAGAACAUGGAGAACAAGUUUCCAGGUUUGGGAAAAAAAAUUUUGGGAGAAGAAUCAAAUGAGUUUACUAACGAAUUGGGGGAAAAGAUUAUCUUGAGGCUGUGUCCGACGGAGGAAGAGACAGUAGAGCUUCUUAGCAAGGUCCUUAAUGGGAACAAGCUGGCGUCUGAAGCACUAGCCAAGGUCGUUCAUCAGGAUGUCACCCUUACAGACCCAACUCUUGAUUCGGUAGAGAUCAACAUUCCUCAGGACAUUUUGGGAAUCUGGGUGGAUCCCAUUGAUUCCACUUAUCAGUAUAUAAAAGGUUCUACUGAUAUUAAAUCCAACGAAGGAAUCUUCCCCAGCGGGCUUCAGUGUGUCACCAUUUUAAUUGGUGUCUAUGACCUACACACAGGGGUACCCCUAAUGGGAGUCAUCAACCAACCUUUCGUAUCACAAGACCUAAACACCCUCAGGUGGCGAGGACGCUGCUACUGGGGCCUUUCCUACCUGGGAACCAACGUUCACUCCCUGCAGCGCGCCGGGCCCGUGGGGAGCAGCGGGGAGCCCCGGGCGGCGGGAGGCGCGGGCCCUGAGGCGGGGCAGCCGCGCGGGCUCUCAGCCGUCAUCAGCACCAGUGAGGCGGCCACCGUGAAGGCCGCCGUGGGCCGCGUGUGCGGGGAGCGCGUGUUCCCUGCAGCCGGCGCGGGCUACAAGGGCCUGUGCGUGGUGCAGGGCCUGGCCGACGUCUACAUCUUCUCGGAGGACACCACCUUCAAGUGGGACUGCUGCGCGGCGCACGCCAUCCUGCGGGCCAUGGGCGGCGGCGUGGCGGACCUGCAGGGCUGCCUGCGGGCCGGGCUGGGCGCAGGCCUGGAGCCGCCGCAGCUGCGCUACCACGCAGCUAACCGGGGCGCUGCGGGCGCCGAGCGCUGGGCCAACAAGGGCGGGCUGCUGGCCUACCGCUCCAGGGAGCGGCUGGACGCCUUCCUCGGCCUGCUCAUCCCCAGCCUCGCGGCCGUGGGCACCCCCACCUAAUGGGCCGCGACCCCCUGGGACCUAACGGGCCGCGACCCCCUGGGACCUAACGGGCCGCGACCCCCCCUGGGACCUAACGGGCUGCGACCCCCCUGGGACCUAAUGGGCCGUGACCCCGCCUGGGACCUAACGGGGCACGACACCCUGGGACCUAACGGGCUGCAACCCCGCAGGGACCUAACGGACCACGACCCCCUGGAACCUAACGGGCACGACCCCCGCACCUAACGGGCCGCGACCCCCACACCUAAUGGGCCGCAAUUACCCUGGGACCUAACAGGCCGCAACCCCCCUGGGACCUAACGGGCACGACCCCCCCACCUAACAGGUGUGACCCCCGCACCUAAUGGGCCGCAACCUCCUUGGGACCUAGCAGGCCGCGACCCUCCCCCUCCCGGGACUUAACGGGCCACGACCCACCCCCGGGACCAAAUGGGCCGCAACCCCUGCACCUAAUGGGCCACAACCCGCCUGGGACCUAACGGGCUGCGACCCCCGCACCUAACGGGCCGCAACCCACACCCCCCGGGACUUAACAGGCCGUGACCCCCACACCUAACGGGCUGCAACCCCCACCCCUGGGACUUAACGGGCUGCGACCCCCCCUGGGACCUAACGGGCCGCGAUGCGCCCCCCGGGACUUAACGGGCCGCAACCCCCCUGGGACCUAAUGGGCCAUGAACCCCCUGGGACCUAACAGGCCACGACCCACCCCCGGGACUUAAUGGGCCGCGACCCCCCUGGGACCUAAUGGGCCAUGGCCCCCCUGGGACCUAACGGGCCACGACCCCCGCACCUAACGGGCCACAACCUCCACACCUAACAGGCUGCUCCCCUCCCCGCACCUAGUGGGCCACGCCCCCCACCCCAAGGCGACACCCACGGGCUGCUACACCCUGGCCGGCUUGGCACUCGGCCCGUGGCCCGCAGCCCCGGCUGCUCACACCGAGGCCUCCACGGAGACCUUGGGCCAGCUACUCAGAGACCUCCGUGAGCCAUCGAGCCAACACAGCCCUGCUCAGUGAUGCCCCUCCAAGGACGCAGCCCUGCUCGGUGGCGGCCUUCCAAGGACCUGUCCCUGCUCCGCGGUGCCCCUUCAAGAGCCCAGCCCUGCCCCGCGGCCUCAGGUGGCCCGUACCCCUGCCGGGGUGCCGCGGCCAGUGUCCUCUGUGGGGCCGUGGGUCUCUCUGUUGUCUUCAGCAGCCCCAGUGAGGCCUGGGCUUUGCCGGGAGGGGUCCAAACCUCAGCCCUGGGGUCGCUCUGCCCGGCCCUCUGGGGGCAAGGGGCACUUCAGCAGCGUCUCCCAGGGGGCUGUAAGGACAGUCGAACCAACUACGCUUAAAACCACCACUGUGCUUGGUGAUUGGCUGCUGGCGCCCGAGCUCCAUAUUCUUACCACUUACGUUGUCUUAAAGGUGGAUUUAAAGAAAACUGAAUUCAUUCUUCACACAUCACAUUAAAAACAAAAGCCCAGAAACGGGUCCUGCUCUCUGAUAUGUGCCAGAACGGAGAGAACUAGAAUAUGGUUUAAGAGGGAGGCCAGGGGGCUCAGUGGUGGAGCGUCUGCCUUGGGCUCAGGGCGUGAUCCCGGGGCCCUGGGUCGAGUCCCCAUUGGGGUCCCCGCAGGGAGCCUGCUUCUCCCUCUGCCUGGGUCUCUGCCUCUCUCUGUUUCUCAUGAAUAAAUAAAUAAAAUCUUUAAAAAUAAAAAGAA